GUGAUAUAAAUAAUGUAUUAGGGAAUCCUCGAGCAGAUAAGAAAAUAAUCAGAUUGACUGACCGAAGUAUAUAAGACAAGAGUGCAAAAUUUAAAUGUUUAAUGACAAAAAAAAACAAACUCUAUAAUGGCUACCUGGGCUCUCCUUCUUCUAACUGCGACUGCGUCGGCAGUGGCGACGUCCAACAGGAUCGUCGGUGGCGCGGACGCCAGCAUCGAGACCUAUCCGUCCAUCGUGCAGGUGGAGUACCUGGAUCUGUCUGUCUGGAGUCAGGGAUGCGGCGGCAACAUCCUCAGCCCGACGUAUGUCCUGACUGCGGCGCACUGUAUCGACUGGGUCCCCAUGCGCAUCCGCGCCGGGUCCAGCGACCGCAACCGCGGAGGCACCGUCGUCGACGUGGACUCCUACCUCAUCCACCCAGACUACACCUCGCUCGCCCCCCAACACGCUGACAUCGCCCUCCUACGCCUCCAGAGUCCCCUGGUCUACGGGCCUGGCGUUCAGCAGGUUCCCAUCUACGCCCAGGGGACUGAGGUGCCCGACAACUCGACUGUGGUGCACGCCGGUUGGGGACAUACUCAGGUCGCCGGACUCCCAUCUCCUGUCCUGCAAGACGUGACCAUAUUCACCGUAAACUACGAGGAAUGCUUCCGUCGCUACGGCAGCGCCCUCUCGGAAAGCAUGAUCUGUGCCGGGAUCCUGGAUGUGGGCGGUAAAGAUGCUUGCCAAAUGGACUCUGGGGGUCCACUGUACUAUGGAGAUGUGCUGGUGGGAGUGGUGUCCUGGGGAUACGGCUGUGGCAGUCCCAGGUUCCCGGGAGUCAGCAUCAAAGUGUCCGCGUUUACCGACUGGAUCGUGGCUAAUGUGGUCUAAGUUUUGGUGUUUAAUUAUUAAAAGGACUUGUAAUUG